CAAGGAGGUUCCGCCAGCGCCCCUCGUCGGCCUGGGCCUUCUGGGCCGCACCCGAGCGAUGCCUCGCUAUUGCGCAGCGAUUUGCUGUAAGAACCGUCGGGGACGAAACAGUAAGGACCGGAAGCUGAGUUUUUAUCCGCAGAAGCACAUUACUGGGUAUCAUCACAGAAAUGCAUUCCUGAAGACAAAUACUGUAAACAAAGCCUUUUACUGAGAAAGACAGCAAAGCCAGUCCAAGGCACAGUGAGAUUCCGAAACCACUUUUGUUCAUUUUUGACCACAUAUAAAAACUGGGUGUCACCUUCAGAGCAGUGUGUACUACAUGGCAAGAACUGGACAAUUCCUUUUCUAAAGGAGGAAUUGUGAUCAAGAGGAAAUAAGCUUGCUUUGUACAGCGAGACUGAAGAUUCUGAAUUAGAACUUCAAUGGUGGCUACAUAGAGCGGCUGGAUUCAUCUGCAUUGAAACCCCUUGAGAAUUUUUAUAGGUUGAACCAAAACAGAAUAAUGAAAUGAACCCUCCUAGGCAGGAAUGCAGAAGCAGACAUGAAAGAUGAUUUCUCUGAAUUAUUUGGCCUUUAUAGAAAGAACCAUGAUGAGUUUCUAGAAAAUGCAUUAUUGAUGUGAUGUAAUAAGAACGUCUCUUGUGUGCCAGGCAUUGUGCUAGGCACAGUCUCCAUUCUCUUGGAGCUUGUAGUGUAGAAGGAAGAUAGAUGAAGUCACACUAAUGAAUGUAUAAGUACAAAUCAAGACGAGUGCCCUAAAGAAAAAAAGUGUGGUCACAGGAACUCCUCUGUGGUGCGUGAGUCAAGUGGCACACCCGCCAGACCUUUAAACUGUGGUCUCUGGAGAUCAAAGUCACCUCACCGUCUCAUUAACCUUCACUUGGCAUCCUUAAAGGAGAUAACGAGCCCUGUGUUUGUACUGAGACUUCGCUAGGACAGAUAGAGCACACUGUCCUGGGAGCCCUGCCUCCCCACCAUGGUCACAACUUGCAGCAAGGAACUAAUCUGGUUGACAUCUCUCACUUUAUGAGAGUUGUGGUGUGGUCCUUGGGCCAUGGCAUCAGCAUCACCUAGGAGUCUUCAGAAAUGCAGAAUCUUGGACCCCUCCCUAGAUCAACUGAAGUAGAGUCUACAUUUUAUCACGAUCCCAAGAUCAGGAGAAUAUGUUCUGGAGCUAGACUGUCUGGGUUCACGUCCUGACUCUACCCUUGUCACUGAAUGGUGCAAUGCCAGUUAUUUCAACUCUCUGCCUCAGUUUCCUCACUUAUAGUAUGGAGAGGAUCAUAACUGCCCCUACCUCUCAGGUCACUAUGGAAAGAGAAGAAGGAAUGGAAAGCAACGUGGGUUUCUGAGAGGACAGGCCUGGAAGAAGCAUGCAUCACUUCUGCUGACAUCCGUGGACUCUAUUUCAGUCACAGAGGAUUGCCAGGACCCAGAAACACUUGCAUCAUCAUUGCAACUGUUUGUAUCAGUGAAGUAAGUUUUUCAUCGGCCAACAAAAUAUACUCAGAGAUGAUCUCCAACUUCUGUUAAUCCAGUUUGGAUUUUAGGGGAGCCAGAGAACUCCAGGCCCCUUGAAAGAAUCUUACUGAAAUGGGAUAAACCCAAGUGACAAUGGCUGUCAAGAUCCUGAGACCUCGAGGGGAUCCAAGCUCUAGGUUUCGUCUUAAUUGCGGAAAAAGUGACACAGCUGCACUAUAGAGAAAAUGAGAGACUGACAAAGAAGCUGCAUAACUUUUCCAGUGUCGUACAACUGGAUUUGGGAUCCAGAUGAUUCACCUCCAGAACCCUGGCCUUCACCAUACUGAGGGAACAACAUUGAAAGAUUGGCCCCAUGCUGAAAUGCGCCUGUAAAAAUAAAUAAGAAACUUCAGAUGUAUACAAGACUUAAAAGGAUGGACAGAAGCAGAGGCAGAGAUGCCUUAAAGCAUCUGAUGCCUUUGGGAGGAGGAGCUUUCAAGCUGUGCUCCCUGUCCUUCUUUGGGUCUGGAAGGAGAACUUAGCCCUGUAUAUGCAGAAGCAAAGAAUGUGGAGACUGCAGGUGUGGAAAUUCUGCAGGAAAAUUGACAGGAAAAUUCUCUCUGAUUCCACUAAUUGGUGUAGACACGUGUGGCCGUCUGCACUGUAGGAUCCCGGUUCUAUAAGCUUUGGACUCCCUGGGAUUACCAUGCCGCCCCCCGCGGACAUCGUCAAGGUGGCCAUAGAAUGGCCGGGCGCCUACCCCAAACUCAUGGAAAUCGAUCAGAAAAAACCACUGUCUGCAAUAAUAAAGGAAGUCUGUGAUGGGUGGUCCCUUGCCAACCAUGAGUACUUUGCACUGCAGCACGCCGAUAGUUCCAACUUCUAUAUCACAGAAAAGAAUCGCAAUGAAAUAAAAAAUGGCACUAUCCUUCGAUUAACCACAUCUCCUGCUCAAAACGCCCAGCAGCUCCAUGAACGAAUCCAGUCGUCAAGUAUGGAUGCCAAGCUGGAAGCCCUGAAGGACUUAGCCAGCCUCUCCCGGGAUGUCACAUUUGCCCAGGAGUUUAUAAAUCUGGAUGGCAUCUCUCUCCUUACGCAGAUGGUCGAAAGCGGCACCGAACGAUACCAGAAAUUGCAGAAGAUCAUGAAGCCUUGCUUUGGAGACAUGCUGUCCUUCACCCUGACAGCCUUUGUUGAGCUGAUGGACCAUGGAAUAGUAUCCUGGGAUACGUUUUCAGUGGCGUUUAUUAAGAAGAUAGCAAGUUUUGUCAACAAAUCGGGCAUGGACAUCUCAAUCCUGCAACGGUCCUUGGCCAUUUUGGAGUCAAUGGUGCUCAAUAGCCAUGACCUCUACCAGAAGGUGGCUCAGGAGAUCACUAUUGGACAACUUAUCCCACAUCUUCAAGGGACAGAUCAAGAAAUCCAAACCUAUACCAUUGCAGUGAUUAAUGCACUUUUCCUGAAGGCUCCUGAUGAGAGAAGGCAGGUUGGUGUAGAGAGCAGUGUUGACAUCCUUGAUUGUCCUCUGACUGAGAUGGCGAAUAUUUUGGCUCAGAAGCAGCUUCGUUCCAUCAUUUUAACAAAUGUUAUCCGAGCUCAGAGAGCCAUCAACAAUGAAAUGGCACACCAGCUGUAUGUGCUACAGGUGCUUACCUUUAACCUUCUAGAAGACAGGAUGAUGACCAAGAUGGACCCUCAGGACCAGGCUCAGAGGGACAUCAUAUUUGAACUUCGAAGAAUUGCUUUUGAUGCAGAGUCUGAACCUAAUAACAGCAGUGGCAGCAUGGAGAAACGCAAGUCCAUGUACACACGGGAUUAUAAAAAACUUGGCUUCAUUAAUCAUGUCAACCCUGCCAUGGACUUUACCCAGACCCCUCCUGGGAUGUUAGCCCUGGACAAUAUGCUGUACUUUGCCAAGCACCACCAGGAUGCCUACAUCCGGAUUGUGCUUGAGAACAGUAGCCGGGAGGAUAAGCAUGAAUGUCCCUUUGGCCGCAGCAGCAUAGAGCUGACCAAGAUGCUGUGUGAGAUCUUGAAAGUGGGCGAGCUGCCUAGUGAGACCUGCAACGACUUCCACCCAAUGUUCUUCACCCAUGACAGAUCCUUUGAGGAGUUUUUCUGCAUCUGUAUCCAGCUCCUGAACAAGACAUGGAAGGAAAUGAGGGCAACUUCUGAAGACUUCAACAAGGUAAUGCAGGUGGUGAAGGAGCAGGUUAUGAGAGCUCUCACAACCAAGCCUAGCUCCCUGGAUCAGUUCAAGUGCAAACUGCAGAACCUGAGCUACACCGAGAUCCUGAAAAUCCGCCAGUCUGAGAGGAUGAACCAGGAAGAUUUCCAGUCUCGCCCGAUUUUGGAACUAAAGGAGAAGAUUCAGCCAGAAAUCUUGGAGCUGAUCAAACAGCAACGCCUGAACCGCCUUGUGGAAGGGACCUGCUUUAGGAAACUCAACUGCCGACGGAGGCAAGACAAGUUUUGGUACUGUCGACUUUCACCCAACCACAAGGUUCUGCAUUAUGGAGACUUGGAAGAAAGUCCUCAGGGAGAAGUGCCCCACGAUUCCUUGCAGGACAAAUUGCCGGUGGCAGAUAUCAAAGCGGUGGUGACGGGGAAGGACUGCCCUCAUAUGAAAGAGAAAGGUGCCCUUAAACAAAACAAGGAGGUGCUUGAACUUGCUUUCUCGAUCUUGUAUGACUCAAACUGCCAGCUGAACUUCAUAGCUCCUGACAAACACGAGUACUGUAUCUGGACAGAUGGGCUGAAUGCGCUGCUGGGGAAAGACAUGAUGAGUGAGCUGACCCGGAAUGACUUGGACACCCUGCUCAGCAUGGAAAUCAAGCUCCGCCUCCUCGACCUGGAAAACAUUCAGAUCCCCGACGCACCUCCACCCAUCCCCAAGGAGCCCAGCAACUAUGACUUCGUCUAUGACUGUAACUGAAGUGGCCGGGCCCAGAAGCACCCCCUCCAAAACUGGAAAAUCUAGCUAAUGGGAGAGAAGAAUGAAAACACACCCACGCCUUGGAACCCUCUCUCGGUCAAGAGAAGCUGUGGGUCAACACUUUCUUUGGCCUCGCCUCUAGCCCCAGCGUUCUUCUGCCCCUACCUGGCAUCCUGCUCACUGCCCUGAUUCUGUUUCUAGACUCCAUUGCUUUAGGUCACUUCCCAUGCUACAGUCUACUGGUGGGAGCAGAGCAAAACCCACCGCCAAUAAGAGAUCCAAAGGGCCCUUCCGUCCUAUCCCCCAUCAGGCACAUCCUCCCUCCCCGGAAUGUGCAAGCCGGCAGCUCCAGACUGCCCCCAAACCUGCCCGCCAGACGGAAGGGAGUGCCCCAGUGCUUGCGUCUGGAAGAAACAGCCUAGCUUCUCGAGAAGACCAAACACCACCUCCUCGUUCCCUUUCUCUCUAGAGUCCGCUCACACCACCAGUUCCGUGUGAAUUGAAAUCAGCUUCCAAAUCCCUUCCCUCCUCCAUCCAGGCCUUUGCCUCGUGCUGUUCCUCUCUGGUCCCAAGAGCAGCAGCAGCAGCCUCAUCCUAGCUUUCGCCAGCACCGGGUCUCCCGGACACAGUCCCAGGUCCCAUGCCCACUUCACAUCUGCACUGUGACUGUGACCUACCUUCCUUUCUCGCCAGCUAGUCUUGGGUGUCCUCUCUCUGCCCCAGCCCACACCUGCCUUCUUCAUGCCUCACACCCUUCUGGCCCCUUCGCUGAAAGCACAAAUGGUGAAAUCAGUUGUCGUCCCCAUCUCUAAUAUACUAAACCUAAUGCCUCUGUGGCAGGCGGCCCCUGUCUAAAGGUUUGGUGUUACCUUGUGCUGGGGGUUCUGCUGCAAACAGGCUCCACGGGAUGGUCAAGCUGUCAGACAUCCAAGUUUACAUCACUGUAAUUAUUACAAGUAUUGACAAUUUGCAAGGGUUUGGGGUUGUUGUUGUUUUUUUUUUUUUUUUUGCUUUGUUUUUGUACAAAAGAGUCUAACAUUUUUUUGCCAAACAGAUAUAUAUUUAAUGAAAAGAAGAGAUACAUAAAUGUGUGUACUUUCAAGGUUUUUUUUAAUUAUUAUUUUAAUCCUAAACAUCUUCCUGAGAAUAACAUUCCCUUACACAUGCUGUGGAAUAAAAUUAAUUGUGAUGA